AUCGAUCUUUAAGCAGUUUUGUGUCUUUUUCUUGAAGAAAAAUGAAAAAUUUUAUUUUAUUUGGAUUGUUUUUCGGUAUUUUGUUGAAUUUUUCCUUAGCAGCUCGCCCAUCAAAGAAGGAACGUCAAGUAAUGUUCGAUGAAUGUCUCGCUGAAGUGCCCGUUGAACUGGAAAUCGCUGAGGCAUUACGCGCCUUCAAUUUUACGUCAGAAGAUCCAAAUGGAAAGUGUUUCAUCAAGUGUUUGUGUCUGAAAGAGACUUUGUGUCAUGAAGGAGAUUUAGCUAUUAACGUAGAAAUGAUCGAAGGAAUUGUUCCUCCAAUGGCUCAAAGAAUGGUAAGAGAAAACGGCGUCACAUGCGGAGAAAUAAUGGGCGAAAAUGACUGUGACACAGCCUACAUGAGAUUCAAGUGUUUCAAUAACGGCAUUCCUCGAUACAUAAGAAAUAUGUUAAGAGACAUGGAACAAUUUUUGUUCUAAAUAAGACAUCGGUUUAUAGUAAUCAUACAAUAAUAAGUUUUUAUUUUCUAUUUUUUUGUGACAUAAAUUUCUGGAUUUAUUUUACUUGAAUACACUUCAAUUAUAUUUUUUAACAAUUUUUUUUAUUGAAAGCCAGCAAAUUAAAUUAAAAUUUAAAAAAUAAUUUUUAAUUUUUUUUAAUAAAUUUUUAAUUUGUUGAAUAAAUUUUA